CACAAGGAAGACUUCUCGUUCCCACGUGCAAGACCGGGGAGACGACGACGUACCGGUGACACCACCCUCGGGAGGAGAGGACGAGGAGUUGCCGCCGAUGCAGCACUUCGCGGAAAUGGCCGAUGCUCCGCCCGCCUCCGACACCAGCCUGCAGGACGCACAUUCCCGCCUGGCGGAGUUGCUGCUCGCCGCCGCUGCAAUCUUGGCGGAGAUCUCCGUUCCAGCGGCCGGAGGAACGCCUGCGGGGUUGGAAGAGGCGGCGCGGCUGGAGGGUUCCCGCCAUACGGCGUUUCGCGCCAAAAGUUUGGGAGUUGGCGCCAUUUUUGAGGGCCCGACUCCGCUUGGCGGGAAACGAGGACACCACGUGGCCAGAGGUCUCCACACAGCGCAGCCCGCGUCAUCGGCGAGCGCCGGAGCUCUCCAUUUUGCGCCUGCAGAGGGAGCCGACAUUUUCUACAACCACAGCGGCGCGCGGGAAAAUCGCUCCAACGACGACGACGACGAUCGAGUUCUCCAGCAACGAUUGCCCGCGCUGUCGGUGUUCAAGGCGGACGGGGGCGACUGGGGAGCCUUCCAGCGACGGUUCAUCGCGCAUCAAGAAAUGUCGGGGUGGUCCGACACCACUGCCCUGCGCGCGCUGCCAGCGAUGCUCGACGACGACGCGCUUGCGGCCUUCACGUCUGCCCCGAGGUCGUCCCGCUCAACGCUCCAGGCCGCGCUGCACCUGUUGGCCAAGGUGUUCGGGCCGCCCUCGACCUGUCGCCACCAGUUCUACGAUCGGCGGAAGGUGGUUGGAGAAACAACGCUCGCCUAUCGCACGGCGCUGCUCGCCCUGGCAGAUUCAGCUUUUCCCCGUAUGGACAAGGAGGGGAAGGACGCCAUGGUGACGGAGCAGCUGCUGGCGCUGGCUCACGGAUUGGGAGUUCCCAUUAAUACGGCGGACGAGAUGGACAUCUGCUCCCUGGGGAUUGCCACGAGUAUCCACGCUUACGAGGUCCUACAGCGGAAACCGACGGUCGUCUGCGCAUCGGUGGAGAACGGGGCACCGGCCGCCACGAUCAUCGGACCUCAGCCUGCUGUGCCUCGGGAGGAGGCCUUCGCGGGUUCGAGGCCGGGGGAGUGGAGAACGGGCGGUCGUUCGCCCACACGCUCCUCCCGCAAGCUGGAGCAACCGAAACCCACGACGUCCCUCGUCGUCUGCUACAACUGCGGCCUUCGGGGCCACGUCGCGUCGGGAUGCCGGGCCCCGCGUCAACGCACCGCGGGACCACGUCCGGACGACGCCCAGGGACUCAAGACAUCCCAACUGAACCCGGUGUCUCGGACCUGACGGCUGUUGACCGUCGGGAACCGGAACCCCGGGGCUCGCACGGAGCCCCGAUGCCUGUCCCAUGCCUCCCUGAACUGCCGGCGCUGCCGGAUGGCCAACUGCGUCCUGUGCCGUACGACGGUCCGGCAAGGCGGACUCGAUCAAGGACGCAACACUUUUCAUGAA